AUGGUCGACGGAACGGAUAGCGCGACGCAGCAGGAGGUUGGAAUGCUGACCAAAAUCGAUUUCAGCUCAAAUCUUGUGCGGACGGAAAAUCGAGCGACCUGGGACGCGUCGCAGUCGUCGUGCGCGUACUCGGGAAGUAAGGAGAGCGGCGUGUCGAAACAUUUUUGGACGCGGAUAUCCGUGAGCGGUCGAUACGUCAGCGUCAUCGGGGCGCACUUGAAAGCUAAUCCGACGCAGCCGAGUAGCUGUGCGCAGCGAGAAGCGCAGGUUGAGGUGUUGCGGGCGAUCGCGCAAGCGCGAUACGACGCCGGAGACGCCGUCAUCGUCGCCGGGGAUUUGAACGAUUAUUCCGAUCGCCACGUCGACGCGGGAAACAACUCGCCGACGAGCAAGGUGCUGAAACGAUUGCGCGAUUUCAACGACGACGGCGUGGACGAGUUAGAGGAGGUUGGUGGGCGAAUCGCGCAAGUCAGUCGGUACACGUGGCAAAGCGGGUCGUCUAAGGCAAAAUUAGACUACAUUUUGACGUCUCGAGCGGACAUCGAAGUCGUCAGCGCGGCGAUUCGCCACGACCUCGUCACUUCAAGCGUGAGCGAUCACUUCCCGCUCGUCGCGACGUUAGAUAUCAAGCCCCGAAACACCAGUUUGCUCGGCACAGUAGGUGCUAAUAGCGUGACAAACGCGACGAUGGCGACGAGCGUCGCCGUGGGCAUCGCCGUCUUUGCGAUGACGACUAUAUUCUUCAGAUAG